GCUUGAACAGAUAGGAAUGAGUGUUCGUUUUCAUUUCCUUGCUGGUCUUUGUUUUCUUCGGAAUCCUACGUAGCAGUCCUGUAUAGUUCGAGUUUAGAUAGAGGUUGUAGGUAAAGGUGUUCUGUAGGGAAUAAAAUAUCAGGGUUUGGUCAUCUUUUCAAGCACAUUGAAUAGUUCUGAAUGCUAUCUUUGCUUGGGGGAUAAGUUUCUUAUGUAAGAAUACAAUCUGUAGAAGAAAUUGUUUAAUAUAUAUAGAUUUCUAAGGUAUAAUUUGAUAAGCUAGGUUACCUGGUGUUAUAGGAUAAGGCCAAUAUGGAGAAGGAGCAGGCACGUCUGUCAACAGAGAUUGUAGCCAGAGGGGUUGAAAGCUCUGGUCCCAAUGCGGGAUUUCAGACAUUUUCAGUCAGAGUUCGUAGGAAACUGCCUGAUUUCUUGCUCUCUGUCAAUCUCAGGCAUGUCAAGUUGGGCUAUCAUUACGUGAUCAGCAAUGCUCUGUAUUUCUUAGUAGUUGUUCCCCUGCUGGUGAUAUUCAGUGCAGAAGUGGGGACCCUGAGAAGGGAUGAUUUAUGGAGGUUCUGGGAUAAGCCUAGCUUUGAUUUGGUAAGCCUCCUUUAUGUCUCUGGGCUGCUUGGAUUUAUUGCUAGUGUGUACUAUAUGUGUAGUUCAAGACCCAUAUAUUUGGUGGACUUUGCAUGCUAUAAGCCAUCUGAUGAGUUCAAAGUAACCAGGGACUAUUUCAUGUCCCAUUCUAGGAAUUCAGGCCUUUUUGAUGAGAAAAGCCUGGAGUUUCAGCAGAAGAUUUUAGAGAGGUCUGGCCUAGGAGAGGACACAUACUUUCCAGAAGCCAUUUUGGCUUCCCCACCUAGGCUGACUUUGAAAGAAGCUCGUGCAGAAGCAGAGAUGGUGAUGUUUGGUGCCUUGGAUGAAUUAUUUGAGAAAUGUAAAGUGAGGCCCAAGGACAUUGGGAUUCUUGUGGUGAAUUGUAGCUUGUUCAAUCCAACUCCAUCUCUGUCUGCCGUGAUUAUCAACCAUUACAAGAUGAGAGGAAACAUCCUAAGCUUUAACUUGGGAGGAAUGGGGUGUAGUGCAGGGGUCAUAGCUCUGGAUCUUGCACAAGACAUGCUGCAGAUUCAUGGGGAUUCAUAUGCAGUAGUUGUGAGCACUGAGAACAUUACUUUGAACUGGUACCAUGGUACAAACAGAUCAAUGCUUUUACCCAAUUGCUUGUUUCGCAUGGGAGGUGCAGCUAUUCUCUUAUCCAACAAGAGAAAAGACAGGAGGAGAUCAAAAUACCAGCUUUCACACAUUGUGAGGACUCAUAAUGGACAAGAUGAUAGGAGCUACCAGUGUGUUUUUCAAGAAGAGGACUCCAAUAAAAUCAAGGGCUUGACAAUAUCCAAGGAACUCAUGGCAGUUGCAGGCCAUGCACUCAAGGCCAAUAUAACAACUCUGGGUCCAUUAGUACUUCCUCUGUCAGAACAAAUCCUCUUCUUUCUAGCACUCUUCUCAAAAAAAGUACUGAAGAUGGAUGUCAAGCCCUAUAUCCCAGACUUCAGUUUAGCUUUUGAACACUUUUGCAUCCAUGCAGGAGGCAGAGCAGUACUUGAUGAACUGCAGAAGAAUUUAUCAUUGUCAGACCACCACAUGGAGCCAUCAAGGAUGACUCUUCACAGGUUUGGCAAUACAUCUAGCAGUACACUCUGGUACGAGCUUGCAUACAUGGAAGCCAAGAAAAGUGUGAAGAGAGGUGACAGGCUAUGGCAAAUAGCUUUUGGAUCUGGAUUCAAGUGCAACAGUGCAGUUUGGAAGGCCCUCAGGACCAUCAAAAUUCCCACAAGAAACCCUUGGCUGGAUUGCAUUGACAACUAUCCAGUUGAAAUUCCAGAGUUCCAAAAGAUCUGAUACAUGUAUAUAGGUUUGUUCUUAUCCAAUCUCUUGUAUCUCCAAUUCUAGACACUGCAUAUUUAGUCAUAACUGUGGUGACUCCAUGAAUUGAUUCAUGGUUGCUCAAUAAGAUUCAUUACAUUUAUGCAUGUAAUACAGAUGAUCUCUCUAAGUCUAGGCUAAGAAAUUUCUCUUGUAGUAGAAAUAUCUCAUGUAGUACUGUCUUAGGCUGGAUGGCAUAUUAUUUGAGAAUUGUAAUGGGUGGGUUGUUUUGGAUUUGGCAGUCUUGGAUCAAUUUCUGAAUCAAAUUGUAUGUAUUUAUUCUCCUUUCCAA